ACAAUGCUCAAGGACGACUCCUUGCUACUCAUACCAAAUGUGUUGAAGGUGUUCUUGGAGAAUGGACAGAUUAAGUCCUUUACAUUUGAUAGCCGUACCACUGUUAGGGAUGUGAUCUCCUCCCUGCAGGACCGCCUCUCACUGCGCUACAUUGAGCACUUUGUCUUGGUGCUGGAAGCAGGUGGUCUGGACCAGAAUCAGAGGUUGCAUCUGCUGCAGGACAACCAGCCCCUGACACAUGUGGUGCAUCGAACCUAUUUCCAAGGGAUGAAGUGUCUGUUCCGCAUCUGCUUCUUCCCCAAGGACCCUGCAGACCUGCUGAGAAGGGACCCCGCUGCAUUUGAGUACCUCUAUAUACAGAGUCGCAAUGACGUCAUCAAGGAGCGCUUCGGCAUGGACUGGAAAUCUGACAUCAUGUUACGACUGGCUGCGCUUCAUAUCUACAUCACUGUGUCCUCCGCGCGGCCCAAUCAGAAGAUCUCUCUCAAGCAUGUCGAAAAAGAGUGGGGACUAGAGCCUUUUCUUCCCCUUACUUUGCUUCCAACAGUCAAGGAGAAGAAUGUGUGCAAGAGCCUGUCUCAGUUGCUGAAGACCUACCAGCAUCCACCACCAUCGGGCAACAAGGUCCCUCCUCUCCAAGGAAAGCUGCAGUACAUGCGUGUACUCAAUGACCUCCCGCCUUUUGGUGGAAUACUUUUCCACACUGUUGGACUGGAUGAGAAACAAUCUGCUACAACUCUACUGGUGGGUCCUCGACAUGGCAUUAGUCAUGUGAUUGACCUAAAAAACAACCUCACAACAGUUCUGGCCGAGUUCAGUAGGGUUGCCAAGAUCCAGCUUUACCGAGAGAGCCUGGGAGUGGCUCGUGUGGAGGUGACAAUCCAUGAGGCCAAGCCCCUGGUCCUACUCAUGGAAUGGCCUGAUGCCAGUAACUUUGCAUGCCUCAUCUCUGGCUACUACAAGCUGUUUGUAGACCCUAAACGGACCAUCUACUUCCGGACCCCUGGUCAGUCCCAGCUGACCAAGGCAGAUUACAGAAGCUCCCACCAUGCUCAUCCACGUUCUGGGGCAACCAGCUUGCCAAGUGGAGGGCGGCGAGGGGACGAGAGGGAAAGCUCACACAGGGAGUCAGGGUCUUCAAGGGCCAUAGUUCCAGCAGAGCCUCAGCAUCUGGGCCUGUGUCAUGUCCACCUUCGAGAACAACAACAAUUUCAAGAGCUCCAAACAGCCGAAGCUGAAUUAGACAUCAAUGAAAACUUUAUUUCCCAUGAGCCCCCUGGGCGGCCCCGCACUAAGUCAGACCCCACCCAGCAGAGUACAGAGGAAAUAGCUGGGGUUUUAGAGAACCCAGCAGUGGAGAAUGCAGGAUUCAGAAUCCGAGCCCAAACAAUGGGUCAAUCCCAGAAAACCUCACGAUACCUCUGUGACUCCUGCAAAGCCAGACAUAGGGCAGAGGGUACAUCAACAGCAGCGAACAGUAGUGGGAGCUUGGGGAAACACUGCUCUAGUGCUUGUGCCUCCCGAGAUGGAGGUGCUGUUGACCUAAUGGCCCUACCACCCCCAGGGAAUGAAGAGGAGGACGAGGCCGAUGGUGGUGGAGAGAAACUGCAACCACAACCACCUGCUAUUGCUGCCCCACCACCUGGCUUUAGGGACAACAGUUCAGAUGAGGAUGACCAAAAGAGAGGGAGGAAGGCUCGAACCUGUGCAGGGGUAGCCUCUGAGAAGCUGGCCCAAGCCAAGGAAGAUGUGCCUGUGACACUAAUUGAUAAUGUGGCCACAAGAACAGUCCGAGAUCAUGCCCAGGAGCUAGAUGAUGCUCUGGUUUCCACCUUACAGGCAUUAGAGGCUCUGGCAGCCUCUGAGGACUACCCCCAUCACCCUCAACAGCCAACCCAGACUGCAGGGCUGAUUGUCUUAGCUGCCAUUACACCUGAGUCAUCAUUGGACUCAGGCCACGAGACCAACUCCUCUGAAUUGACAGAUGUUUCUGAGAUGGUGUCGGCUAUGAAGCAGAACCAGAACCAGGCCUACCUGCUGGCUCACCAUAUCAACAAAGAACGUAUCCUCUGCCGCCGGGACUUUCCUUUGGCUAUCCCUGGCUGCACUGCAAAGACCAUAGGGACCGGGGCCUUCUCUGUGGGUCAGAUUCGUGCUGGCUGUCCACCCAAGCAAGUAAUCCUCAGCAAGACGGUUCCCUUUAAAGUCAGUCCCAGUCAAGACUCUGCGGUACUCAGUGUUGUGACAGAGCAGGGGACUCAAGAGACUCAGACUGAACAGAAAGAAGAAAUUAACGCAAACUCUGAGUCCACCAAAGCAAAUAUCCCUGACCCCCCUUCUAAGUCACCUGAAGAACUUAAAGUGUCCGUUGCUUCACCGACAGCUCAAGUCAGUAAAGUACCGAAGUUAAUAAAUUCUUCUGAAGAGACACUGAGCCAAACUCUUUCUGAGGGUAUAGAGGAAAAGACAACAGCACCUCUUAAUACAGACCCUAGCAACAAAGCCUUACCUAUCCUCCUACCUGUGGACAGAAUUGCUUCUGCCAAGAUUUCUCCCAAUAAAAAGUGCCACGAUGCCAAGACUGCCUCUAGUGAGACCAUGAAGCCUUCAAGCUCUACAGAACUUCUGCCAGUUGACGACCUUUUCUGCACAUGCCCAGUUCAAAAGGAGCCUGGGCCUCAACUAAGACUAAAAGAUCCACAGAUUCAGAAGAUAGUGGUGUUUCAAUCCUCCACCCCCACAGAUGACGAGCGUCUUCGGGCCAAAGGCCUCCAGCUUGCGAACAGCAAAGAAAAUGCAGUACGAGUAGGAGCAGAUCCUAAUUUGGCAAAACCCAGCCCUCAAAUACAAACCAAUCCCCCCCUUUGUUUGCCUGUAAAAGCAGAGAGAAAAGAGGCAGCUGAAAGCAAGACUGAGGGUGCCCAGGGAAAAUCCCACCCUGAGUCACAGAAAUGCCCUAUAAAAUCCUUACCUAUUUUAGACGAUCUAACAACACCUAACCCCUCUGUAGAUAAGGUUUCCACUCUCCCAGCCAGAGACUCAAAGAAGCAAGGCAGUGGUAAGGGGAAGUCCCAGCGCAGUGUCCCUUUCCUGAGCUUUAGAAACCUCCUUUCAGCUACGUUCCCAGCAAGAAUGCGAAGAGAAACAGAUGAGCGAAGGGCUCAGUUGCAGAAAGUCCGCCAGUAUGAGCUAGAGUUCUUAGAGGAGCUGCUGAAACCCAAGUCAGCCCAGGGAGAAUUUUUGCCCCAGGGAUCCUCACCUGUGCCCUCAGGCACUCCUUGUGCCUGCCAGCUUCGCACCAGCCCUGUCCUAAAGGCUCCAGGCAUCUCCAGGGAGCAGCGACGCAGCUGUGACUGUAAGCGAAUGUGUAGGGGCAUGCGACUACCUGAUACACCAGUUGGAUCCACAACAGAGACACAAAACAGAGGCAGAGAGAAACCUAUCUCGAAAACCCCUCCAGCAGUCUCCAAAGCACCUCACACACAAGAUGCUUCAAGGAGACCUCAGACCUUAGAGAUCAAGACCACACGAAUACGCUCUACCAGCCUCGAGUCAAGAGAACCAAGGGGUGAGCAGGGUUCCUGCUUGCCCACCUGCACUUCUCAAACAGAUUGUACAGGAGAGCCGCAAUAUAAGAAGCUCCAGAGGCGAUACAGCAUUGGAGAGCUGGAUAAUAGCACUAGCACACCAGUGUAUGCUGAGGUAAGGCCUAAAGCCAAGAGUCUAGAGAAAGAGAUGGAAAGAGUGAGGGCCACAGGGUUGAGGCUCCCCACCCCAGUAGAGCCAGUCCACACUCAGUCUCACCAGGCAGAGGGAAAGGGGAAAAAGGGUGUGUUUUUCAUUCAGGGAGAAGAGCUACUGCGUGAAAGUAAAGAAGGGACUAGCGAGGUGCUGCUGACCUUGCCCAGUGAAGACAGUGAUGACAAGGAUAAAUGCUGCUCAUUCUGUUUCUGCUACAGGAAGUGUGAGGCAGCAGAUGAAAGCAGUGAGAAGGAUGAGCUUUCAUACUCCAUACCCCUUCAGGUCCUUCCAGGCAUGGAGCUGGACUCGCGUACCUUUCCUGUAGUAAGCAAAACACUCCAGGUUCUUAAUGCAGAGGACUGCAGUGGGGAGGAAGAAGAGGGGGAGGAGGAAGAGGAGGAGCCACAGACACAGGAGAUUGACCUAAGAGCCUGUGGUACACUGGAGGGGAGCCUAGCACGGGUACAGGCUUUACAGGGCAAAAGUUUUAGCUUGCCCGAUGGUUUCCUAAAUGCCCAGUUGGAUGCUAAUGAGUUGCUAGCUAUUCUGCGUCAGUGUGCUAACAGCCCACAAGCUGAGGGCGAGGCUCGUCUUCAGCCCUCACAGAUUUCAGAGUACAAACAGGAGCUGGCGGUGCGCUUCAAAGAAUUCAGAGCAGCUUGUCGACGAGUGGCAAGUGUUGAAAAAAGCCCAACACGUAUGCUGGCUGUUGUCACAGCCAGCUUUCAAGUGUUGUGUGAACUAACUCAGACCUUCAUCAAAUUGGUCAGAGGGGUUCGUUCAGAAACCCAAAGGCUGCAGCUGUUGAGAAAGGUUGAGGAAGUAGCUAUCAACUACACUUUGCUUCUGCGUGCAGCAGAAGAAUCAAUGGGACACUCAAGCAGCUUGCCGACAAAGACAGUGAGCCCUCAAGUUUCCUCAAACACCAAUAACAUGAGCUCACUCACUCGACCCAUCAAAACUCUGCCUGCCCAGUAA